AAUAAUCUAACGGCACAGAUUCGGUCUUACAUUCUCCUCCACAACUUGCUCCUUCCUUUAUAACAACUCCACCCCACCUUCCCUUCUUUCACGCAUUCUUAUUCUUUUUCUUCUUCUUUUUCUUCACAAUCACCAAACACAUUAUUAUUGUUGUUGUUGUUAUUGCACAUUAUUACAAAGCUAUUGUUGUUUUGAUCUCUCUCUGAUACAAACAAUGUCUACCGAGAAGGAGAGAGAGACUCAGGUUUACCUAGCCAAGCUUUCUGAGCAGGCUGAAAGAUAUGAAGAGAUGGUAGAAUGCAUGAAGACAGUGGCAAAGCUGGAUCUGGAACUGACAGUGGAAGAGAGGAACCUGCUGUCAGUGGGAUACAAGAACGUGAUUGGUGCAAGAAGAGCUUCAUGGCGCAUCAUGUCUUCAAUCGAACAGAAGGAAGAGUCAAAGGGGAAUGAGGCCAACGUCAAAAUCAUCAAGGGUUACCGCCAAAAGGUGGAGGAGGAGCUUUCCAAGAUCUGCAGUGAUAUUCUCGACAUCAUUGACCACCAUCUCAUUCCUUCUUCCCACUCUGGAGAAGCCACUGUUUUCUACUACAAGAUGAAAGGUGACUACUAUCGUUACCUUGCUGAGUUCAAGACUGAGCAAGAAAGGAAAGAGAUAGCUGAACAGUCACUCAAGGCAUACGAGGCUGCUUCAGCAACUGCAAACUCAGAUCUUCCAUCAACACAUCCAAUCCGUCUUGGACUUGCACUCAACUUCUCAGUGUUUUAUUAUGAGAUCAUGAACUCUCCUGAAAGGGCUUGCCAUUUGGCAAAACAAGCAUUUGAUGAGGCAAUUGCGGAGUUAGACACAUUGAGUGAAGAGUCAUACAAAGACAGCACUUUGAUCAUGCAAUUGUUGAGAGACAAUCUCACUCUCUGGACCUCCGAUUUGCCUGAGGAUGGAGGUGAAGAAUUCAAACCAGUAGAAGAAGCAUCAAAACCUGCCGAACCUGAGUCCUAAGAUAUUGCAGCAAUGAUAGGGAUAAGAAUAAUCCUAGAUAUAUGCAAGAAAGGCCAACUUUUCAGCAUUUUUGUUGCAAUGGAUCUGGACCGGACAAUAUAAUGCAGAGUUGCAAACCACAGCCACUUCCUAAUUCUUGCGCUUUCCCUUACAAUCCAACAACCAAAGCUUUUAUUAUUACUGCUUUAUAAUUUUUUUAAUUAAUUAAGUAGUAAAUUGAAACAAUAUAAUGAUGAGUCAUAUUUACGUUCACCUACUAAAAGCAUCUAUUAUUUUUCGAUGAUUACUUUUUAAUUGAUUCACUCCAAAAUGUUUGUCUUCCCUCUAUUAAAUAGA